CGCGGGACGUUGCUACAUUGUCGGCGGAUGGACCCGCAGCCCGGCGCCAGGAGCUGCAGCCGCGGGGCUCCCGCCUGCGAGGUGGGGCCGCCCGAACCCCCCAUGAACCUCUACAUCCACACCACCACCGGCACCCGCUAUGAGCUCUCGGUGCCCGCCGAGGAGACGGUGGAGGGGCUGAAGCGGCGGCUGUCCCAGCGCCUCAAGGUGCCCAAGGAGCGUCUGGCGCUGCUGCACAAAGAGAGCCGCCUCAGCUCUGGCAAACUGCAGGACCUGGGGGUCGUGGAAGGCAGCAAGCUGACACUGGUGCCCACCGUGGAGGCCGGCUUGAUGUCCCAGGCAUCCAGGCCAGAACAGUCGGUGAUGCAAGCUCUGGAAAGCUUAACUGAAACUCAGGUCAACGACUUCUUGUCGGGCCGGUCCCCGCUGACCCUGGCGCUGCGCGUGGGUGACCACAUGAUGUUCGUGCAGCUGCAGCUGGCGGCUCAGCAGAGCACCGGACAGCUCCAGCACCGGCACCUCAUCGCCAGCCGCGGCGAGGCGGGGGCCAGCGCCAGCCCCCACUGCCGGACGCUGCACGGGGCCGGCGGCUCGGGCUUCGCCCGCAUCCCCGUGGUGCCCACCUGCCAGCAGAGCCCGGCCCCCAGCCCCACGCCCGCCGCGCCGGCACCCCCCGUGUACUGUAACGCCCCUCACGCCGCUCCCGUCACCGCCGGCAUGUUCCGGUCGCACGGGGCCAGCACGCAGACGGUGAACAGCAGCGUGGUCUCCUCCUGCUCAGAGGUGGACUGUGGUUCCCGCAGCAGCAGCUCCCCGGGCAGCAGCCCGGCCCCCUCGGCCCGAUCCCGCAAGCCCGGGGCGGUCAUCGAGAGCUUCGUCAACCACGCGCCUGGGGUCUUCUCAGGGACCUUCUCCGGCACUUUGCACCCCAACUGCCAGGACAGCAGCGGGCGGCCGCGGCGGGACAUCGGCACCAUCCUGCAGAUCCUCAACGACCUCCUCAGCGCCACCAGACACUACCAGGGCAUGCCCCAGUCCCUGACACAGCUCCGCUGCCAGACACAGUUCUCCUCUUCCUCUUCCUCCUCCUCCUCACCGCCAGCCUCUCCGGACCUCGCCACCAAAACUACCUCAGAGCCGCUGCCGGCGGCCGCCGCCCCCACCCUGCACCCCGUCGUCCAGUGCCAAAGCCAGAUCCGGAUGUGCAAGCCCAGUGGGGACCGGCUGCGGCAGACGGAGAACCGGGCGACGCGCUGCAAGGUGGAGCGGCUGCAGCUGCUGCUGCAGCAGAAGCGGCUGCGGCGGAAGGCGCGGCGGGACGCCCGGGCUCCCUACCACUGGGUGCCCAACCGCAAGGCCGGGCGCACCAACAGCAACAGCAGCGUCUCCAGCGAGGGCAGCCUGGACCUGGACUUCGAGGACUCUGUCUGGAAGCCAGAGGUCAAGGCCGAGAUGAAAUCCGAGUUUGUCGUAGCAUAGAGAGCCGGGGCCCCGGGGGACUGUGCCGGGGGGGGGGGUCCCCGCUCGCCGCCCCCCCCGCCAGCCGGGGGCUCCUGGAGGAUUUGCCGUCUCCCGCGACCGGACGCCUUGGGCCGACCUGCGCCUCAGGGGGAGCCCCCCAGCCCCCUGCUCGGUUGGGUUUGGGGCGAUGCGGGCUGGGGAGCAGCAGGAGCCGCCCCCUCCCCGCAGCCUCCCCAGCUGGAGGGGGGGGGUCCCGGCACCCCAAAGCGGGGGCCACGGGGCGUAUCGAAGCUGCUGCUUUGCUGUGAAGAGGGGGCACAGCUGGGUGGGCUCCUGGCCCCACCUGGUGCCACCCCCCCGGUGCAGGCAGGAGGAGAUGAAGUCUCUCUCGGAGGUGCUGGAGCCCCCCCCUGGUUUGGGGGCCGUUUGUUUUCCUUCCCUUCUAUAUGUAGCAUUGCUCGGCUGUGGGGCCGGGCCCCCCCCGGGGAGGGGGACACGUGUGCCUGGGCCCCACCGCCGCAGC